UUAAAAUUUAGUUAUAUACCAUAUAAAAUAAAUAAAUUAUUAUUUUUUAUUUAUUUACAAAAAAAGUAUUGUCAAUAAAAAAUGUGUUGUUUUGAUUUAUGUGCUUAUUCUAAUUUAAUUAUAUACAUAAUACAUAAAUGAAUAUAAAUAAAUAAUCUAUAUAUAUAUAUUAAAAAAAUAUGUUUGCUUCGCUCAUGUGCGUCCACGUCAUCGCCACGUCAUUAAGUCGUUUAACCUCAGGGCGACAUGUCAGUGGUGGUGACCGAAACUCAUCGUUUCAUUAAGUCGCGAAUCAUGCUGGGCUUUAGUCAGUUGUUGCAUAUUGGGCUCUGGGUGUGAUGCUCACUGCGGCCCGAAACCAUAAAGCAAUAAUGCAGUAGACAUUACAAACUUAAUCAAAUAAAUAUACAUUGAAAGCGAAACUAAGUAAAAGAUAGUAGACCAUUGUUUCAUAUUACAUUAUUACUCUUAAAAUGUAAAUCAACAAUAUAAAUAACCGUAAAAAUACCUACAGUGACGAUAUUAUUAUAAAUAAAAAAUAAUUAGAGAUCUAGGACACCAGAAUUUAAAUAAAUAUCAUAAUAAAACAGGACAUAUGAUGUGAUAGUGAAGUACCCCUCCUUUUUUUUGGUGUGGGUGAAGUUACCACUAAUCAUGAAAUAAAGUAAUAAACAUAUAAAACAUCACAAUGAAUAAAUUAAGGAACACACAAGUAAAAUCAAUAGGAUGACAAACAAAAUGUUAAAAUAUUCAAUAAGCUUGAUAGAAAAAAAUCUUUAAACAUAACAAACUCGCGCUCGACCUCAAAAUUUUAUUUUCAACAAAUUUGUUCAUGUUUUGAUAUUUGGGUCUUUAUUUAAUCUACUUAUUACUAAUUUAACAUUUAUAUCUACUUACUGGGCUGUUAAAACAGUGCUUCCUUCUAAUGCCUCUAUCUAGGCAUGUUCAUUCCGGAUUUCGGUCAGAUUUCGGUUCAUUUUUUUAAGUUUUUUUGGUAUUUUGGUUUAUAAAAAUUAACUACCAUAUUGAAUUCAUAUCUAAUUUGGUUUGUUUCGGUUUAUAUACUAUCGGUUUUCGGUUUAUUUGGUUUUAUACAAAAACAAUAUAACUAUAUUUAUCCUAGAUAAAAAUUAGUUUAUAUGAUUAGAAAUCAGAUUCAUUUAAACAUAAAAAUAUAUUCCUUACACUAACUUUAAAAUAUAAUAUUUUUUACUUUAUAAAUAUAUUUCUAGAACAAAUAUUUACCAAUAAAAAUCAUGUUUUAUUUAAUUUGAUGAAAAUGAAAAAAAACAAACAAUUUUUAACUUAAAACAAAAUACCAGAUUAGUCGAAUGACUAAGACGGUUGAGAAAAAUAGAAAACAUAGUUAUGCAACAAUGGAUCCAAAUAAUCAAAACAAAGACUUGCAUGUAUACCUUUCCUCUCUAUACAUAAAUAUAUGAAUUGUCAAAGACUAACCUUAACUUUAUAAUUGUCCUUACUUUAUUUUUGGCAAGAACUGAUGUAAUGCCACUUCAAGGAAAAAAGAAAACUUAACUAAUUAUCAAAAUAUCACAGUUUAUUUAGACUUUUAAAAAGUACAUAAUUUAACUACUAUUUAUAUUUUUAACUAAUAAAAAUUAUUAAAAUAAUUAUUUAUUCAAACUAUUUUAAUUAUUUUUGAAUAUCCAUCCCGCUCGUAAGGUGGACCGGCCCUAAUAAUAUAUAAAAUUAUGUUUAUAUAUAACAUUUACUCGGUGCAAUUGAUCUUCGUCUAGUUUUUCCUGUUUCACGUACCACGAAAAUUUAAUAAUGCAUUGCUUCCACGAAAUUAAUUCGUUACAUCUUUCGAUGACUAUAAAAAGGUGGAAAAUAAUUAAUAAAAAAAAUCUCAAUGGACCAAAAAUAUACCUUCAAGUUGAGCAACGUGUAAAUAAAAUAAAUUAUAUAAGAAAAUGUGUGAAGGAGAGGAAAAGCGUGGUGGUGCAAAAUGAGUGAGGAUCUUUUGCGACAAAGUAUACAAUGGGACGCAGUGGUCCACUGGUCCUCACCCUAAGCGUUUACUGAUAAAUUUUGUCAUGGUAACAAUAAUACGGUUAGAAACAAUAUUUUGAAACCCGAUACAUUUGGUUGAACCGGUAAACCCGAUGACCCGAAUUUAAUUUGGUUUGACUUUUAUGAAAAAUUAUUAUUUAAAAACUCAGUAAAAUCUGUAAAACCCCACUAAAACCAAGAUUCCGACAACUGGUCGAACCAUUGGUUAAACUAAUAAGUAAUUUUAAUUUAUUUUUUAUAUUUCUUAAUUAUGUUAUUAAAUUUUUUUAUUCAAGUUAAAAUGUGAGAUUUUCAUAUUUUACUAAUAUCUUUUUGUGUUGCCGGAUAUCGACUAUGUAUAUCCUUCUUUUCUUUUUGAUUUUUCGUAAAUCUCAUUUACACUAUUUAAUUUGUGAUUUAUUUGUGAUUUUUUAAGAUUUUGACGAAGAUCUAUGUCUUUUGAAAAAAAAAUAAAGUGAACGAUGAUAAAGAUAACCAAAAUUAGUUGUUGUGAUUUGGUUGGUAUUAGUUUAUUUUUGUUAUCGAUAAUCUAUUAUUACAUUUUAAUAUUUAACUUUUGUUUUUCUGGAUUUAAACUUUAAUUUUACUAUUCACAAUUCUCAUUUAAAUAAUUAUGUAUUUCAAUUAUUGAUAUUUUUAUUAGAUGUCAUAACGUCUAACUUCUUACAAAAUAAAUUAAAUAGUCUGAACUAUAUUUUGAUAUUUUGAAUGUUAAAUGAAAAUGAAAAUAAGAAAAGUUAGGUGUUUUCUAAAUAUUCCUUAAACAUAAAAUAUUAAUUAUAUUUUUAAUAGUUAAUAUGUUAUUAUUUAAUUUAUUUAAUUAAUUUAUUGACCCAUGGUUUGCCUGUGAUCGACUCAGUAAGGCAUCCGGUUCAAUUCCCGGGAAGAGUUUCAAAAUAUUGGUUAGAAAUUUUUCUACAUGACACAUGAGGUGCUAGAAAUAAGAAAGAGAGAAGAAACUGAUGAGGAAAAAAAUAUAACUUAUUAGUAAUAUAUAGCAGAAUCCUGAAUGCGUCAUUGGAGUUCUUAUUGUGUAUUCAAACAAUUUUAUUUUGACAACAAACGACUACUCUAUUACUCAAAUUUGAGGUGGUUUGGGUAAUCAGACCGGAAUAGAACAAUCAAUGUAACAAAGUUCUAUAUGAAAAAAAACUCUCAAUCUUAUCUAAAAAAUUCAAAAUUCCAUUAUGUGACCUUGGGAUAUGAGAUAUUUUGAAGUCUGGAAAAUAUAUAUGCAGCAUUUUUGUAGCCUACAAUUUUGUUGCAAAACUUGGCUAAGCUUAAGGCUCCUUUAACUUCGCGAUCAGAUCCUCCAAUUUGUUCCAAAGUGCUGACAUGUCGAAUGCUUUAGCAUGCUCUCCAUUGCACAUUGAAGUGCUUCUACUUUCGAAUGUAAAGCAGUCUCUCGCCUCCUUAAGUGUCACAUUCCCAUGAACUGAAUCUUUCCAAGACAAUCCUUCCAAACCCAACCACAAACUGUGAUGUGGAUUGGGGGUGACCAUCUCAUUUGCAAUAAACCAGGCUUGACAUUCACUUUCUGCAUAUCGGACUAGCUCCAAAGGAUCUCUGUCAAUCCUUCUAAAGAAUUAUCAUUUUGAGCCUUACAGAUAUGUACCACACUUGCAUAGCUGGAAUGCAUUCAAAUAUGUCAUGAGUAACAAUUUCUUCUGGUUCCCCACAUCUUGGGUAAUAUUUAUCGUAUCUCAUAUUAUGGCGGUUCAGGUUCUUCGUUACAGCCACAUUUUAUGUUAUAGUUGCCACAUAAGAUGACAUAUCUUCUGAGGUAUUUUUACUUUCCAAGAAAAGGUUUGCAGUUUGGUUAUGCUGGGCUCCAGUACCUCCAUUUCUUCCUCAGUCCUCAAUAAGUUCCGAGCUACCCGUUCUAGAUUUAACUGUGUACUGGCCAUUCAUAGUGUAGUUCCAGCAGAAUGUAUCUCGGCGAUGAGUUGACCUUAUGGUCAAACUCCUUAUGAGAGGUAUAUCAUCAGGGGUAACAUAAUCCUCUUGUAUUUCAACAUCCCAUUCCUUCGAUUUUUGAUUAAUAAGUUCGCUAACUCUCAUGUUCUGGUGCAAUACUGGAGCAGAAGGACAAGCCAGCCUAGCUGUGCAGUAAGGAUCCAAGGGUCCUCCCACACCUUGACCUCAUAUCUCGAAUGUAUUUUCUGUUUGAUCCCCAAUAGAUGUAGUUUUCGUGCUGCUGAAAUACUGGUCCACACAUAGGAUGGACUGUUUACAGAGAUUGCUCGUAAAGGCAAACUCAUUAUGUAGUAUCUUCCCCUCAAAAAUCGAGUCACUAACGAAUCAGAAUACAAAACUAGUCUCCAUAGUUGUUUUUUAGAAAAACCAGGCUGAACUCAUGGAUCAUACGGAAACCAAUCAUGUUCUCACUUUGUAAACAAAGAUUUUUCCAUUUUGUGGAGUGAAUCUUUGGUGGAUUUGAGCUCCACCAGAAUUGUGCAAUUGCACUUGCGAGGUUUUUACAUAUCUCCAGUGGUAGCAAAACACUAUACAUUACAUAUGUUUAAAGAGCUAGCAAUAUAAAUUUGAUUAAGACUUCCUUCGCUCUUUUUAAUAGCCAUUUUCCCGUCCAUCCAUUCACUUUGUGCAUUAUUUUUUCUUUGAGAAAAGCAAAGACCUUGCAUUUGCAGCCGUUAAUAUCUUCUGAGAUUCCUAAAUAUAUGAUUAGUGAAACAAAUUCUGGCAAAAAUAUACCAACGUUUGCUCUCUUUCUUGUAACUUAAUUUGCCUUUGAAUCAAUGACUUUACAUAUAUUGAUCAUGGUGGUAUACUAGAAUCUGGAAUUUUUUAGAUCAAGUAAAACAUUGCAAUAAAUCGGUUAAUUUCAACCAAUACAUUGUGAAUGAUAUAAUUAGAUUUUAAAAACUACAACUUUAAAUUAUUUUCUCAUUCAUUAAGUAUGGUAAAAUGGUGAUCAAUACAAAUAGUUUUUAUUAAAUGUGUAAAAUCAAAAUUUGAAAAUUUGAAAACUUGAAAACUUGAAAACUUAAAUGUUAAAUUUUAAGUAGGAUGUAAACAAACUGAGUUUCUAACAUGUUACUAACCAAUAUAUAUAUAUAUACAUCUAGUGAUUUGUAUUAGUGUUGUCCAUUAUAUUACAUUGGAGUUAAAAUCCAUAUAAUAUAGUAUAUUGUUGAAUUACUUUAAUUGAUAGUUGUAUAAAAUAAAGCUUAGCCUUAGAUCUAUAAUUAAAAAGUACAAUUCGUACACGGUAACCCUAAAUCAACGUGACGUCAAAAAAAAAAAAAAAACCCUAAAUCAACGCAAAUACUGUAACUAACCACCUAUAGUAUCAUAGCAGUAACAUAACAGGCGGCAUGGUCGGUGCACUAUAUACUGGAUAAAUUUAUAUGUCCAUUAUGCUCGGUCCAAGACAACAAGAGGUGUGAUCACUUAACCAUUAACGAUUCGAAUAUUACAAACCAAAUAACAAAUCCACGCAUGUGCAAAUCCACGCUCCUUUCCAUAGGUCUCUAUAUCUGCUUACCCUUAGUCUAUGGAUUUCACCAUACAGUUAAAGGUUGGUGUGUUGAUUUUUGAAAAGCUUGUGACCUUCACUAUAAGAAAACACGCCGAAUUCCGACGGAAGUUCCGACGGACUCCAAUGCCGUCGGACGUUUGUGACGGAUUUCCGACUGAUUUCCGACGAAAACAAAAAUUUUGAAGUCGAUGGAAUUCCGUCGGCCAUUUCUGACAAAUUUCCGAGAAAACAUGGCUCGUCGGAAUUUUCCGCCGACUUUCCAACGACAUUCCGAUAAAAAAUAUAACCGUUGUAGUCGUCGGAAAUUCGUCGGAAAAUACUGAAUUCAAACGACAUUCUGAUUAACAGAUAUAACCGUUACCGUCGUCGGUAUUCCGUCGGCAUUUUCCGACGAAUUUCCGACGAACCAAGUGACCGUUGCCGACAAAUAUAUAUGACCGUUUUAUAGCCGUUUGAGAUUGGAAAAUACCUACGGAAUUCCGACGGACUGCUUUACAUCGUCGGAAUUCCGUCAGAAAGUCGUCGUAUGGCCGUAAGCAAUUUCCUAUAAAUGCAACCCCUCCUCAUUCAACUCAUUCACACUUCAUUAUCUCUUCUUUCUCUUUAGUCAUAACAAUUCCGUGAAAAUCAUGUCUUCAGGAGCUUAUUAUCGUUCGUGGAUGGAUAAACCUCAUUUGGAUCCCAACACCAAUUUGCUUACAGAAGAAUACGUUCAAGGGAUUGGAGAAUUCAUGAGGCUUGUUCAACAGCAACCGGAUGCAAAAAGUGGUAUGUUAAGAUGUCCCUGCUCUACUUGCAAUAAUAAUAAGGUUAUAAAAGAAUUUGAUGUUUGGGCUCAUUUAUAUAUGAAAGGGUUUUCACGUAAUUAUAAAGUUUGGUACCUUCAUGGGAAAACUAGUUAUGAAUAUGGUAGUACUAGCGAACCUCAGCCUGUUAGUGAACUUCAGCCUGAUAUUAGGUUAGAAGAAUCUAGAACAGAUAUAGAUUAUGGUGUAGGUACUGAGCAGAUGGUACAUGAUCAUUAUAGAGGGGAAGAACCAAAUCCCGAAUCUAGGAGAUUUUUUGACAUGUUUUAUGCAGGAAAACAACCUUUGUAUCAAAAUUGUAGAGAUGGUCAUUCAGCCUUAUCAUCUGCAACUAGAUUAAUGGGUAUUAAGACAGACUAUAAUUUGGCUGAAGAAUAUAUGGAUGCGAUUACUGAUUUUGUCAAAGGUAUUCUACCUGAGGAUAACCUUGCAUCGGGUUCAUACUACGAGGUUCAGAAACUUGUUACCGGUCUUCAACUACCGUACGAAGUGAUAGAUGUAUGUAUUGACAACUGCAUGAUCUACUGGAGAGCGGAUGAGACACGGAAUGUAUGGAAAUUUUGUAGGAAACCUCGUUAUCAGGAGAGAAGGGGAAGAGUUUCGAUCCCGUUCAAAAGAAUGUGGUAUUUGCCUUUGACAGAAAGAUUGAAGAGGUUGUAUCAGUGUGAGCGCACAACAAAAGCAAUGAGAUGGCAUGCAGAGCAUUCCACAAAUGGUGAGAUUACACAUCUUUCAGAUACGAAGGCUUGGAAACAUUUCCAGUCAACAUAUCCAGAAUUUGCGGAAGAGAGAAUAAAUGUUUAUCUUGGAUUAUCUACUGAUGGUUUCAGCCCAUUUGGAAAGCAUGGAAGACAGUAUUCUCUAUGGCCAGUUAUUGUGACACCGUACAACUUACCGCCGAGCUUGUGCAUGCGACGAGAGUUUUUGUUUUUCUCAAUUCUCGUCCCCGGGCCAGAUCAUCCUAAAAUAUCACUAGAUAUGUUUCUUCAACCACUGAUAUAUGAGUUGCAACAACUAUGGGUGCAUGGUUUUGAGACAUAAGAUUUUUCGUGCAAAGAAAACUUUCAGAUGCGGGCAGUACUUAUGUGGACAAUAAGUGACUUUCCAGCAUAUGGUAUGUUAUCUGGAUGGACAACACAUGGGAGGCUAUCAUGUCCAUAUUGUCAAGAUGACACAAAUGCUUUCCAACUAAAGAACGAAAGGAAAACGUCUUGGUUUGACUGUCACAGAUGAUUUCUACCACCUGAUCAUCCAUACCGCAGGAGUAAGACUUCGUUUACGAAGAACAAGAAGGUGUUUGAUGGUCCACCUGAGGAAGUUAGUGGGAAAGAUUUGUUGAAGCAGUUUAGGGAUUUUGAUGCAGAAAGGACGCCAGAUGUAGGUGGACAUGAAAACAUUCGAGUCAGUGCGGUUGGAGAGCUACAUAACUGGCACAAAAAGAGUAUUUUCUGGGAUCUGUCAUAUUGAGAGAGUCAUCUAUUACGACAUAAUUUAGAUAUGCAUAUUGAGAAGAACUUCUUCGACAAUCUGAUGAACACAGCCCUUAACAUCCAAGGUAAAACGAAGGAUAAUUUGAAGUCAAGGUUGGAUUUAGUCGAUAUAUGUGAUCGUUCUGAACUUCACGUUGAUGAGAACGGUACGGCCCCUUUUCCCAUUUAUCGGCUGGAUGGUGCUAGAAAAGAAGAGUUCUUUGAUUGCAUUACAGAUAACGUGAAAUUUUCUGACGGAUAUGCAUCAAAUUUGGGGAACUGCGUUGAUAGAAGCGAAGGAAAGUUUACUGCUUGAAGAGUCAUGAUUGUCAUGUAAUUAUGCAGCGCGUCCUUCCGUUUGCUUUUUCAGCAUUAUUGCCACGUAAUGUUCAUGAAGCAAUUGCAGGGAUAAGUGUUUUCUUCCGCGACUUAUGCAACAGAGUAGUGACUGAAGAGGGUAUUAAUAAUUUGAAGAUAAACGCACCAGUCAGCAUGUGCAACCUCGAGAAGAUAUUUCCUCCAUCAUUCUUUGAUGUAAUGGAACAUCUUGCUAUUCAUCUCGCAAGAGAAUUGGAACUUGGUGGUCCUGUGCAGUACAGAUGGAUGUAUAUUUUUGAGCGUUAUAUGCAUCAUCUGAAGAAGAUGGUCAAAAAUCAAAGCAGGGUGGAAGGAUCUAUAGUGGCACAGGUGAUCAAUGAAGAAACUGCAAUCUUUGCUGAAAAUUAUUUUCCACCAGAAGUGCAUACAAAACACCAAAGACCUGCUCGGCAUGAUGACAGAGGGGAGAGAGCAACAUAUCAUGUUACUGUCCCAAGCAUGUUCAAGGAAAUAGGACGACUUAGUGGAAAAUUCACAAAGCGCAGACUUACGGACACUGAGCACGCUCAUUUGUAAACAUAUUUGCUCACCAACUGUGAUCAAAGGUGUCGUUGAUUUGGUGGAAGCUGAAAUAGCAUCUCAAUCUCAGCCUCUCUCUGAUGAUGGUGAUUCUACGGGAGCUUCAACCAACUUGUCCCUAUUGCAAAUAAAUGAAAUGGUUGAAAAGGUAAUCUUUUUUAUUAAUAUAUAUUUUUUAUAAUGUCGAUUACUAACUUGUCCCUAUUACUAACUUUAAAUAUUUUUGUAGGUGGUUCCUAAAAGGAAAGGAGGCCAUUUAGUUGGGUUGGCCCGCCAUACUUCUUCGUAUCCGGCAUCUUCUUCGCAAGCUCCGUAUGCCGAUCCCAUGAUUCUCGAUGAGCUACAUGACAAAGAUGAACGGAUUGGGGCAUUGGAGGAGCAGAACACCACUAUCCUUUCUGAGAAUGCCACUAUCCGUCAGAGAAUGCCACUAUCCUUGCUGAGCUGGCAUCCCAGAAGAAGUUCAACGCCGAGAUAAUGCAGAAGCUAGAUCGUUUGAUGUCUUCGAGUUCUUAGUUUUUUUCUGUUUUUUAAAACUUUAUGAAUGUUUUUUUUCUAUUUCGUUUUGCAUGAAUUUUAAACUUUCUGAAUGUUUUUUUUCUAUUUCGGUUUGUAUGAAUUUAAAUUCUAAAAUAUUAUUAGUUUUAAAUUUCAGAUUUUAUUUAUUUAUUAAUUAAUUUUUAAUAUAAAAAAUAUAAAAAUGCAAAAUUAAUUUGAAUUUAAAAUUGAUAUAUUCCGACAAAUUGAGGGCGUCAGACUAUACCGACGAACUUUGUCCUCGGAAAAUACCGACGGACAAUGGUUCGUCGGACUUUUCCGAGGAACCUUUGUCCGUUGGUAUAUUCCGACGAACCGUUGUGCGUUGGUAUUUUCCGAGGACUUCGGUCGUCGGUAUUUUCCGACGAACCGUAGUCCGUCGGUAUAUAGUUUUUCCGAUGAACUCUGGUCUCGUGUAUCCGCAUUGGAAUAUCGUCGGAAGUUCGUCAGAAUGACGUUUCUCGGUAUUCGUCAGAAAGUCGUCGGAAGGUCUAACGAAAUUCCGACGAAUUCUUUUUUUCCGACGAAAUGAUACCGACGAACUCGUUCGUCAGAAAUUCGUCAGAAUCGGUCUAUUCCGACGAAUUUCUGACGAUUUAGGCCAUCAGAAUCCCCCUGUUUUCUUGUAGUGCUUAUAACCAUUACAUAAUUUUUUUUUUGUGUUUUGAUCUCAUUCACACCAUGUUGUGAAUCACUUUUCGAUAGAUUAAUUAUCGGAAAAAAAUUUCAAAGUUAAAUGUGUUUGAACUAGAGUAGUGAAAGAAUUGGUAACCUAAGUGUUCAUGAUUUCUUGUGAAUAAUAUGAUUUCGUGUGAAUAAGACCAAAGCAAGAAAAAGACCAUGUAGUGACUGAAUGAUCUGUAAAAAAAUUCCAAGCCUCUGAAAAGUUAAAGCAUCGUCGUCGACUGAGUGGCCUAACCGGAUGAGAGAGCAGGUGUGGAGCCCACUAGCGGGAUGGUCUGGGAGUUACAACUGGUAUCAGAAUCGGACUUAGAUGAGUUUAUAAUCAUGUGUCUACGUGGACUCACACUAACACAGAUGAUGAUCUUGAAUAGCAACGAGGACACUACGUGCUGUGAGAGAGGUAAUUGUAACAUUUCCAUUUGUAAUAUGUAGUAGUGUAUGUUGAAAGGCUUAAAAGAAUUAAUUUAAUUAGCUAUGUCACCAAAGUGCAUUUAUCUUUUCGAUCAUAUAUCAAGAAAAAAUUAGAUGGCUAAGCGUGCUUGAGCUCGAAAAUGAUGGAUCACUUAUCAAAAAGUUAUUUGUUCCAUCUAAAUGACGCUAAAACAUAAAAAAAAUCAUGUGCUGAUUGCAGAAUUAGUAAACAAUUUUUUUUAACGUACGGCUGUCGACUAGGUGGUGAGAGCCUACGGGCCGAAAGAAAUGACAUGGAGCCCCAUUGACAGGGGCAUUCAGUGUACAAUAUGUUUCUUAUCAGAGACACUAUGGAAAAGUGGAAUGGUUGAACAAAAUCUCAAAUUUUAAUUUUUUUUUUAAAUGUGUAAACUAAAAUGAAAACAUUUAAUUUUUAUUAUAUUUAUAACUUUAAGGUUUAAUUUCAAAUUAAAAAAUUAUAUAUAUAUAUAUAUAUAUAUAUAUGCAACUACUAAAAUUUAAAACUAUACCAUCAUUUCUUCAAAUAUACUAUUGAUAUUUUCUAAUAAGUUCAGAAAUAAUUUGAGACGUCAUUGUUUAUAACAUAUAUACAGGCUUAGAGAUAAUAAAAAAAUAUUUCAAAACUGAAUAUUCCCACGUAACUGUGAAAAAAUUUAAAAUUGAAACAUUUUUUUUUAGUUUUAACUGAAACACUUGUUGUAUUGUACGUAGGGGUGGACAAAAUAUUUGUAAAUUUUGAUUUGAUUUGUUAUUCGUUUUGAUUCGAUCCAAAAAAUCUGGAUAUCCUUAACACAAUGAAUCAAAGCAAAUACUAAAAUUCAAUAUCAUUCAACGACGUAACAAAUCACAAAUACUAAUAUUUUCACAACAGGUAUCCAAUCUGUUAUAUACAUAUAUAUGUAUAUAAUUAUAUAUAUUAUAUAAUUUUAUAUCUCUAUAUAAGUUUUAUAAUAUUUUUCUUCACAAGAUUAAUUAUUUAGUUAUUCAAGUUUUUAAGAGUAUGUAGUUUUUAAAAGUUUUGUAAUGAACUAUUAUUAUUUAUGUCAGAUUUCUUGUUUUUUUAAUUUUUGAUUGUAAUUUCAUUUUUAUGGAUUGAAUUGAAUAUCUGGUAAAAAUAAGGAUUUUCCAGAUAUCUGGUGUUUUGGAUAUCUAAGAAUUCACAGAUCAAAUCAAAUCAAAAAUUAAUUAUCCAUACUGAGUGGAGCGGAUCACGGAUAUACGCUCUGUGCCACCCCUAAUUGUACACCUACAUAAUCUUUAUGCUGUAACUAAAAUAGACACAGAAAAACACCUCAUAACAAUAA